UUUGCUGCUUGGCUGGUGAUCACACCGUCACAUUAUCUCUGUUAUGUGAGCUGUUCUGUAAUAAAUGUGUUUAUUUGUCUCUGUCACUGCGAGUGAAACUUCCAGACAAAGAGUUUCAUUCCUGAAUCCUCACAUAGGUGGAAGCACCAAUAUUAAGAGGCAUUUUUUAUGUUUUGAUUUAUAAAGCUUGCCACCACUAGGGGGCAUGCUGUCCCAUCAAUAGGCUAUGCAGCUGUGAAAGCAUGACUGCUGACAAAGGUUGAGGCACCAGUAAACCCUCUGCACUGGUCCCUCUGCAUGCUGCUGCAGUAUCACCACACAGUCACUUCUGUUUAUGCCAGUCGUUAAAGAGCAGGAAGCUGCUGCAGUAUUCUGCUGAUGAUAGAUGAUACUGCCACAGGUAUCACACAGACUCCAGGUUAACAGCAGAGGCUCAUUUAUGACUGAGCAGCCUCUCUGGGUCAGUCCUGAGCUCCACCUGAACUGUAAGUUUGUCCAGAAUUCAGAUCUCAGCCUCCGAGAGCCCAACCAGCCCCCAUCAGCUACUAACAAAACAGUUCGCCGUCAUAUCAGAAACACUUUGAUUUUCUCUCUGAAAACAGCGAAGCAGUUCAGAUUAAUGAGCAGGAGCUGCAGGAGAAUCAACGUCUUUCAUGCAAUAACAAACUCUGUUGGACGUUGCCUGGACUGUGUGAGGUCUGAGGACUGAGACUGGUGAUCAUGUGAUCGCCUGUGGGCUUGGAGUGUUUUCAGGUGUCGAUCUGGGAAAAGUCACCAGCUGUUUUUGACGUUCGUGGACAGUUUUCCCUGUUUUCAUUUACUUACUGAUUUAUCUGCUGAUUUUUUGCUUUUAAAGCGUCCGGGAGAGUCGGAAAAACUUCUCUCUUAGAUGUGACGAUGACGAUGGUGAACCUAGAAAACCAGAAACAAGAAAACUUGAUAUUCUGAGAAUCUGUUUUGUUUCCAGGUUUUAGAUGAUAUGAAAUGUUAAACGAGUGAAAAAGCAAAGCUGUACAUUCAGUGUGAGGGACAAUAAAUUAAGGACAGGUUGAGGCAGGUCCUGCUCAGACUUCCUCGCCUGCAGCUCUGCAGCCUGAAGAUCGGUCAGGAGCUGAAACCGGCCCUCAGAUGUUUCCUCUGAAGGUCAGGACUGUGAGGCCAGUUUGAUGCAGUCGUUUUACCGUCUGCUCCAUUUCCUCUGUAACGUGAGAGACGCUGCCAUCGGAGGAAAACUUGCAGAGAGAUGAUCUAUAAACAUCAUAUUUUAAAAAGGGAAGAAGCUGUGUGUUCUGCAAAGUUUCUUAAAGUAAGCGAUUACUUCCUGUUUUACUGAUGUUGGUGUGUGUAACACACUCACGUCUGUAUUCAUGCUGAAAGAGGCCGUCGCGGUCCUCCCGUGCCUUCGACUGCAGCCUUUAACUGUGAAAAAGCACUUUGGAAAGUGUUAAACAUCAUCUGACUGCAGAUGUUUGAUUCUGUGCUGUAAGCACUGUGUGCACUCUGUACAUAGACUGUAUGCACAGAGAUCAAUGAUGCUCAUGAACUGUUGAGUUCUCUCUGUGAUAAAGACCAUAAACACUUGAAAACUUCCUCCUUUUGUCUCGUUUUUUCGAGGAGUGUAGGAUCGCUGAUCUACAGAAGACCGAAAGAAAGACUCCAUGAAAGUCACUUUGUGCUCACAUGCAUGUUCCUGCUCUGCAUGAAAAUACCUGUCGUCUAUUACUGAGGAGCAGAAACAUGCAGGGCUCAGCUUUAAACAUGUGAGGGGAGGACUCGGUGAAGUUUGCAUUAACAUUACGCUAAACAUUCAAACUUCUCUUGUGUGUCUGUGCUGUGUAUUCUGAAGAUGCAUACCACCUUAAAAGGUGGUCGUCUGAAAGUCACAUCACCAUCUGAAAUGUGUUAGUCACAGUUACAGAGUUCAGUUUGUGCCCUCAGUGUUUCUCAACCUGCUGUGUCUGAUAACUUUAUUCAUUUUAUUCACUUCCUGUUUUACUCUGAUGGUUAGUUUUCUUCUGUCUCUGUCAUGUAGCUUUACUCCAUUUAGCUUUGAAAAACUGCUUCAUUUCCAUUUAAAUAUAAUUUAUUACAUCAUCAUGGUCUGCCAUGUUUGUAGUUUUCUUUGGAUCAUUUCUUGUUUGUUUUUAAGGAGUUUUUGUGUUUUCUGUGUCUCUGUCUAUGGAAAUACUUACUAUAGAAAAUAUGAGCAAGAGGAAGUAGAUACACAGAUGUUUACAUUGGAGAGACUCCAAGACAGAUCCUCAGGGAACGCUGGAAGUAACUGGAAAUGACGGGAAUUUGACAUUUUUAAAUGAAUGACCCGAGUUUGGUACGAGAGAUAAGAUUUAAAGGUGUGUCAAUGAUUCCACUUGAAGCUUGUCUGUUCUACGAUGUUAUAUAAUAUAGUUUCAAAGGCUGCACUCAGACCAAGCAGGUUAACAGACCACAGCUGCAGGUCACCCAAAAUGGUUGGCCAGUAAAAUCAGGCUAUUAGUCUUUCAUUUGGUCAUUUAAGGGCGUCCUGCAGGCAACAAGCGCCACCGCCACCCGAUCGGUGUGAGAAGCAGCUAUGAGGAAGACAAAUGUGCACCACCAACGCGUGGAUCCUGCAAACGAAGAAGAAGAAAACUCUUUCCAGAGUUUUGCUGUUACCCAUUGUUGUAACCAGCCGUGGAGUUGUAUUGAAUCACCUGGAAAAACAUUUCGGCACCAGUAACGGGCCGAUCUCUUCAUCUGCACGAGUCUCGUGACUCACUGGAUGCAACCUGUCACCAACCAGCACAAACUGUGGGUGUAUUUGUGCUGCAUCAGGGCGAAGCAGCUGACCGUCAAAGUCAUUCACAUGGUUGUAAGCAGAGCAGAGUGUCAUCAUGAGGCUUUUACUGACAAAAUGUCAGCGUGUGACGCACUGGGAUGAGAACAUGCCAGUUCAGUGCGACCACACAGGGAGCUGACUUCCUUUUCACAAAUGGUUUCAUGACAAGAUUCACCGCACUCCCUGCAGGGAAUCACUGCCAGCGCAGAAAAGAGGAAAAAGAUCUCUGCCAAUUUUUGUCUUUCACUUCUGUACUGAUCUGAGAACAUGAAGCCAUCAGCUGGCUUUCUGCUGCUGGGAGUGCUGCUCUCAGCCGCAGUGAGGUUCGCUCAGGCCCGGAUUAUACACUCGUACUUCAAGCUUGGCGGCACGCUGGUCCUCAAACCUGCCUCGAUCUCUGCUCGCAUCACCAGCGUCGUGUGGAAGUGGGACAGAGAACUGUUGGCCGAAUGGGUGGAAGACGAGAUUCCCCAGACAUAUUACGGCAGGUUUGGAGGCCGAUCAGAGGUGAACACGAACACAGGAGUGUUGGAGAUCAGGAACAUGACUGCAGCUGACACUGGGGUGUAUUCAGUGGAGAUCAACAACCGUGUCCAGAGUCAGACUCAUCAGGCCGUGAGGAUCAGAGAAGUGCCCCAGCCCGAGGUGACGGUGAGGCCGCUGAUGUGUGGCUCGAGUUUGGAGAAGUGCACACUGAGCUGUGACGGAGACGUUAAAGAGGCCGAACCUGUCGAGUAUUUCUGGAGGAUCGGAGAUGGAGAGUGGGAACAGUCAGGAAAAAACAUGGAGAUCAUCAAUUCUGAGGAAACACAGUGUGUGAAGAUGUUUUCCUGCAGGAUGAGGAACCCAGUGAGUGAGCGACGCAGCGAAUCCAUCACUAACCCGUUUCACCAGGACAGAAAUCUGGACUAUCGAUGGUGGAUCCUCACUCUUCUAGGCGCUACCGUCCUGGCGGUGGUUGCGGUGCUCGUCUGCUUUUUGUUUCAGAAACUGUAAAACAAAAACUGCUGACAGCGAUGAAAAUGCACUUUAAGUCGUCUCCUGAUGAAGACUGAAGCCCGUCAAAGGGCAGCUCAUUUCUUUGCUUUGUAAAACUGUUCUGCACUUCAGACUGGUACGGUCGUCCAUGUUUGUAGUUCUUUUUCUUUGGGAUUUCUUUGCAUCGCUGUCUUCACUGUCUACUUUGGUGUAUUUAUAGCUUUAAAUGUAUUUAUCUACCCGUCAUUGUUCUUAUUUUUAUUUGAUCUGUAUCUGUUUUCUUUGAUUUCUUUGUAAGGUUUAACUCAAAGUGACAUUAAAAUCUUGUCUUGUUCAACA